AUGUCGGCCCCGUCCGUGAGUAAGGUGGUUCCGUGCGGGACCCCAUGGGGCCAGUGGUACCAGACCCUGCAGGAGGUGUUUAUUGAAGUUCAGGUGCCGCCAGCCACGCGCGCCCAGGAUAUCCAGUGCGGCCUGCAAAACCGGCAUGUGGCGCUGGCGGUGGGCGGCCGCGAAGUCCUCAAGGGCAAACUCUUUGAUUCUACAAUAGCUGAUGAGGGAACAUGGACUUUGGAGGAUAGAAAAAUGGUUCGUAUUGUUCUUACCAAGACAAAGAGAGAUGCAGCAAAUUGUUGGACUUCUCUACUAGAAUCUGAAUAUGCAGCUGAUCCUUGGGUACAAGACCAAAUGCAGAGAAAGUUUACAUUAGAGAGAUUCCAAAAAGAAAACCCUGGUUUUGACUUCAGUGGAGCGGAAAUCUCAGGAAACUACACUAAAGGUGGACUAGAUUUCUCAAACCUUGAGAAGUAA